AAUUCCCAGAAGUGGGAGGUGGGGGGCGGGAUUUCCGUGUUGAGGAUCGAUGGGCAGGCCGGGCCGUCAGCAGCGCGGUGCCGGCAGUUAGAAUGGCUGCUGCUGCCGCCGCCUCGCCGGCCGACAAGGAGAGAUUUAUCUGUAUUUAUCCAGCAUAUUUAAACAACAAGAAGACAAUAGCAGAAGGAAGAAGGAUACCUAUAGACAAAGCUGUUGAAAAUCCCACAUCUACUGAAAUCCAAGAUGUGUGUGCAGCAGUUGGAUUCAAUGUGCUAUUAGAGAAAAAUAAGAUGUAUCCUAGAGAGUGGAAUCGUGAUGUGCAGUACAGGGGUAGAGUAAGAAUUCAGCUCAAACAAGAUGAUGGCAAUCCAUGUUUACCUCAGUUUCCAACACGUAAAUCAGUGAUGCUGUAUGCUGCAGAAACCAUUCCCAAACUGAAAACAAGAACUCAAAAGAUGGGAGGUAGUGAUCAAAGUCUUCAACAAGGAGAGGGAGGCAAGAAGGGUAAAGGGAAGAAAAAGAAAUGACUCCACAUCUGGAAUAAGUGUGAUAUCUAAUAGUUGUACUUAGAACAGAUAUGGAUGAACACAUUACUUAAUGCAACUUUGAGGUGAAAGAUACAGGAACAAAAUAAACAGGUCAAGACAAAUAAAACUGCCUGCUUAUUUUGGAGCUGGAAUUCAUGUAACUGCUUUGUAUCUGUGUAACAAUAAAUCUGUCUUCACACACCCUGCAAGCGUGCAGCUAACAUCCAGUUUUAAAAGUGGAACAACAUACACAAAUGCAGUGGGUGGGAGAAUUAUUUUUGCCAAAAUAAAUAUGCAGCUUUUUAAAAAUAAUAAAAAAUCUUAGGCAGACUAGAUAGGCAAACAGUUCAUGUUGGUUAACCAUUUAUCUGUGCUAGCUGAUUGAUUGUCUUGACUACGGAGGGUCUAUAUCACCAGUAACAAAAUGUAAAUUAGUGAAAUUAUGACUUUGUAAACUUCCUAAUCAACUUUCAUCAUUGUUAGUAUACCAAUAAAGGUGGCACAUUAGUUUAGAAA